AUGGCACAGGAUCUGCGCUCGCAAGAGAUCAAGAACCCGGUCGAUGUUGCAGAGUACCUCUUUCGACGACUGCAGCAGGUAGGCGUCGAGUCUAUUCAUGGUGUGCCUGGCGAUUAUAAUCUCGUCGCACUCGACUACAUCCCAAAGGUUGGCCUGAGAUGGGUAGGCAAUUGCAAUGAGCUCAAUGCCGGAUACGCAGCAGAUGGUUACGCAAGAGUCAAGGGCAUUUCAGCUUUAGUGACUACAUUCGGCGUCGGAGAGCUAUCAGCUGUCAACGCCAUCGCUGGAGCAUACUCGGAAUACGUGCCCAUUGUCCACAUUGUCGGCUACCCGUCAACCCUCUCACAGAAGAAUGGAGCUUUACUGCAUCAUACGCUCGGGAAUGGUGACUUCACCGUUUUCUCAAGAAUGUCAAAGGAAAUUUCAUGUGCAGUCUCCAUGCUCAACCACCAGCAUGAGGCCGCAAUGUUGAUCGACAACGCCAUCCGAGAAUGCAUCCUGCAGUCAAGACCCGUCUACAUUUCCCUGCCGAGCGAUAUGGUGCAGAAGAAGAUUGAUGGCGACAGGCUGAACACCCCACUGGAUCUGAACUACCCUCCCAAUGACCAGGAAGCAGAAGACUAUGUCGUCGAUGUCGUCCUCAAGUACCUGCACGCAGCCAAGAACCCAGUAAUCGUCGUCGACGGCUGUGCCAUUCGCCACCGGGCCCUCAAAGAGACCCACGAUCUUGUCGCAAAAUCGGGGAUUCCCACGUUUGUCGCACCCAUGGGCAAAGGUGCAGUCGACGAAACGCUGCCAAACUACGGCGGUGUCUACGCUGGCGACGGAUCGAAUGCCGGUGUGAAAGACCGCGUAGAGUCCGCGGACCUGGUCCUCAGUAUCGGCGCUAUCCAGUCAGACUUCAACACCGCUGGCUUCACAGUCCGUAUGAGUCAGAUGAACACGAUCGAUUUCCACAGCUACGCCGUCAAAGUACGAUAUAGCGAGUACCCCGGUGUAAGAAUGAACGGCGUGCUCGCCAAAGUCACCGCCAAACUCGGAAAGCUCAACAUCGAAUCCGGUCCAGAACCCAACAACACCAUCCCUAACCACGAGAAAAUCGACAACUCCAACUCAACCAUCACACACGCCUACCUCUGGCCCCGCCUCGGCCAAUGGUUGCAACCCCACGACAUCCUCAUCACCGAGACGGGCACCAGCAACUUUGGCGUCUGGGAAACCCGCUUCCCCGCCGACAUCACAGCCAUCUCACAAGUCCUCUGGGGCUCCAUCGGCUACGCGACUGGCUCCUGCCAGGGCGCCGCCCUCGCCGCGCGCGAAAAAGGCAUCAAGCGCACCAUCCUCUUCACCGGCGACGGCAGCUUCCAGCUCACCGCGCAGGAAAUCAGCACCAUGCUGCGGCACAAACUCAACCCGAUCAUCUUUGUCAUCUGCAACAAGGGAUACACCAUCGAGCGCCUGAUCCACGGUAUGGAAGACAGCUACAACGACGUCCAGGAAUGGAAGUAUAAAGACUUGCCCGCAGCUUUUGGAGCGACGGAGGGUAGUGUGAAGACGUAUCGCGUGCAGACGAAGGAGGAGUUGGAGGGGUUGUUUGAGGACAAGGAGUUUUCGAGUGGGGACACGCAGAUGAUGAGGUUUGUGGAGUUGGUUAUGCCGUGGGAUGAUGCGCCGGUUAACCUGAAGGCGAUUGCGGAGAAGGCGGCAAAGGCGAAUAGUAGGGUCGAGUGAGUUUUGGAUGGACCGUUUUUGUAGACUCUUCUCUCAAGGCUUUGGGUUGGACAGGGAUGGAUAUGAAUGUAUCUCUUGCAUGCUUUACAAA